UUUCCCGAGGCUCUUUGCCAGGGCUCUCGGAGGACUCGGCGGUGGCCGCGGUCGCUGCGAGGCGGCAGCGAGACACCUCCGCCAUGGCGGGCGGAGGCACUGCCGACUGCGGGCUGCAGGAUGAGCUACAGGAAGCAAUUUCUGAUUAUGCAACAAGCAAGGAAAAAGAUGAAUAUCCAGAUGACUUUGAAAGUGAUGAAGAUGGCAUGUUAAACGGUAUUGGGAAAGAAGUUGCUGAAAGUAAUUCAGGUUCUACAAGCACUGGGAGAUCUGUUGCUGGGAGUCCUCUCUUGAAUGAUGAUGCUUUACAAAAGGCAGUAGAUUUGGAAAAAGAAGAUGCUGAUGACUUGAGUUUAUCCUUUCAUGAAAAGAAGCUUCAGCAAAUAAUGGUUUUAGAAGAUCAAGAUCAGAAGACUGUCAGUGACUUGAAACUGAAGGACAAUGGUAGGAAAUCCCCUUCUGUUGACAGUUCAGAUGGAAUGAUGAAAAUAACAGAAGAGCAAAAAAUAGCUGAUACAAUGCAGGAGGUGUCAGUGAAUGAUCAGUCUGAGCAUGGGGAGGCAAAAAACACAUCCAAGAACUCUGUCAAGAAACUAAGUGAAACAAAGGAGAGAGUUCUCCAAAACCCACAGGCUUCAUUAUCUGACAGGUCUACAACUUUUGUGCAUUUAAAGAGAAAGGGGAAAGCUGUUCCAUCAACUUCACCUGUUUCAUCUCAGUAUCUGGGAUCUUUGAAGGUGUUGGAGGAUAAAUGCGUGCAGAAGAAAAGUCCAGAAUUCAACAAAGUAGAUGAUUUAAGGGCAGCUGUUUAUCAGAACUGGUUGGAAAGGAAAAAGCUCCUUCUAAUGGAAUUAAAGAGAAGUGAAAAGGAAAAAGCUGAAAUUCUAAGAAGCAAUACUGAAAAGAAAGAAGCACUUAAAAGGGAAGAAUCAAUUGCAUGUUACGAAGCCUGGAAAAAAAAGAAAGAGAAAGAAGCAAGGAAGUUAAACGAAAAAAAAAAGCUUGAGGAACUUGAGGAAAAGAAACCAGCAGAACAGAAUAAGGAAAAAACAGAAGCAGCACAAGCGGCAUUCAAAAAAUGGAAAGAAAGAAAAGUGGAAUAUUUAAGAGAGCAAAGCAGGAAGGAAAAACAGACUGAAAGAAUGAGGAAGAAGAUAGAAGAGGAUCUAGUUGCAGAGAAGAGGAGAGUCAGUGUAUCAGCAGUUGAAAAAUGGAAUGAAAAGAAGGAAGAAUAUAUAAAAAAGAAGAAAGUAGAAAAGUUCAUAGAGAAAAGAAAGCGAGAAAUGCAACAGGCAAAGAAGGAAGAAAAAAGUGAAAAGGCUAUGGAGGAGUAUGAAAGAUGGCUGGAAAACAAAAUGAGGAGAGAACAGCUUGAGAAGUACCAGAAGAAGAUGCAGGCUGUCCAUGGGAAUGAAAUGAGUCCUCCCUGGAGACCACCUGGCAAAGUCACAUAUUCUAGUAAUUACUAAGCAGUUUAUUGCCUUCCUGAAGAACAGAUAGUUUACAAAGUUCUCUCAAUAGCUAGUAGCUCUUCUGUUAUCAGCUGAUUUCCGCUGAAGCCAUUAUAGGUGUUAAAUUAUUUCUUUUUAGUUUAUUUGAUAUCUGCAGUUUAAAUAAACCUGUUACUCAUUUUCAUUGCUUUAGAAAAUGUAAUAUUUUUUCUAAUUCCACAUUUUAAUUAGUUUUGCUAAAUUCCAUGUUAUGUCAUACCUUUUUGGUGAAAAUUUAUAUCUAGGAUAUUUAAAGCUGGACUCUGACAUUUUUUUUUUUCAUCCAAUAAGUGGCAGAAUGGUUGUUUUUAAGUUAUUAGACCACACUCUUAAGGAGUUAAUAUUUGAAGAAAUUAUGUGAAGAGGCUGUGGGGUAAGGAUGAUGGUAAGGAGAUGUUGGCUCUCUUGUGGAGGUAGAUGACAAAAGGCUAAGGAGUAUGGAAGCAGAAUGUCAUUUUCAUACAUUAAUUUACAAGAUACAGAGAAAAUAUGUAUUGCAGAUAGGUGAGUACAGGGUUUUCAAAAGCUCCAGGUCUGGCACUGGCUGUUCCCUCAUGGCAGGCCAGGCAUUUUUUCCAGCGGUAGUGGAGAAAAGAGAAUCUACUGCCAGCAGAAAUUUUCAAGAAGCUGAGAAGAUGCCCAGCCAGAGCAGCUUCAGUGGCCCACGUAAGAGACAGAGUAAAAUUACAGACAGCAGCAGGAGAGAUGAAGAACUGCAGCCCUGGCAGAAUGCAAAAGAAUUGCCAAUUCAAAAGUGGCACACCUGGAUUUUAUGAGAAAAUACUAAAUGACUUCAGGCCUUCAUAUUGGGGUGGUCGUGUGCAUCAUUGGUGCUCUGGGCUUUUAACACUUGGAGCCUUGAAUUUGAGUUUAGUCUGUUAAGAAACUCCAGCUAUAGUAUCAUGGGAGGAUGAAAUUUGUAGCAGGCACCAGUUUAUUGUACAACAGACCUGAAGUAUCUGAGACAAGGCAGCCUGUGAGACAGGGAUCAUCUGGAUCUUUAUUUUUGCAAUGUCCUGCCAGAGGAAGCAAGGAAGGUCCCUAUGCUGACUUGAGGGGGGGAAAUGAAAAGUGUGGUAGGAUUAGUGGCAGAGAUCGAAGAGAGUUUGUCAGGUUUCUGUUCCUGAACUGAAAGCUGCAUCCUCACUGUCUUUAAGCCUUUCUAUAACUGGAUAGAAGGUUUUGACAGAAGACAGAAGUGAGAAGAUGUGGGUGCCAUCUUUCAGAGGAAUGAAGAGAAGCUCACAAAUUCACAACUUCUCAAUUAGGAAAAGAUCCUGAAGUCUGUAGACAAGGGAAAACAGUUGGCAUGUUUAACUUUUAUAAUAAAAAUUGGGGAGCUUCAUUUAAUGGUAUAUUGUAAA